AUGGCGGACGAAUUGAGCUUUCUCCAAAUAGUUUUCAAAUGCUAAUCAAACUGUCCUUAUACGAUCAUGGACCCACCCGACUUGCGAUAUGUUGUUCAAGCAACGAUCAUAAAGUACUUAGUUUGUAGUAGUGAUAUCUCACGGGAACACAUCGUAAUGCUGGAGUAUCUUCGAAAUUUUGGACUAGGUGUUUUUGGAGACGAAAUUCUUUCACAAAUCUUUGAAGAUUUUCCUGGUGAACUUACCGAUGAACUGUUAGCCGUCCUAUCACCUCCGCAUCUGAAGCAAUUAAAACUGAGAAACUGUGAUCGUUUGUCGUGCAGUGGGCUUCAAACGGCAAUUGCCAAGUGUCACCAGCUUCAGGCAAUUGACUUUACUGAAUGUAUUCAUCUCCUUCAUCCAGUCGUAUUUUGCUGUAUUAAAGAGAAAGCAACAAAAUUGGUGUCUCUAUCUUUUGAAAAUUCAGAAGUUGUCUCUGAUGACAUUGUUCAGGUGGCUUUGAUGUGCUGUCCAGGCUUAAAACACCUCAACCUUUCCAGUUGUAAAAACAUUACUGAUGCUGCUUUUGCAAUUCCAAACUCUAAAAAAGAAGCAACAAGCACAGAUCCUGCUUGUGAAACACCUCAGGCAGGUUGUAACCUUACUAAUGUUGAUAUAUCGGGCUGCCGCUCACUAUCAACUGAUGCAGUGAAACACCUUGUCAGUUUAUGUGGAUGUAGUUUAACAAGUAUCAAUCUUGCUUGCACAGGAGUCAAUUGCAUGGCAUUGCUGUACUUAGCUGGAUUAAAUAUGGAUAAAGUAGCAAGAAUCAUACACAAUACAGUUGCUAUAACAACCAAUCUUGCUUUGAUGUCACACAAAAAGACAGGACAGGACAUUGAUUUUUUCAAAACACAGCCAACCCCAAUGAUGUCAGAAGAUAAUGAUCUUUUUCAUGAUGAAGAUUUUUUUAAUGAAAUGGAAGUUUUGACACUAAAGUCUAUUCUCCCUCCAUGUCAUGAGGAUGAACUGCAUGAAGCAGGAAAUGAACAGAGCAAUGAGGAGUCUGCAUCUGAUACCUCUUUUUCAGUUUCAUCCAGUUUGUCCCCAGAAAUCCCAACAAGUAGUAAAGCUUCUGAUCACGACAGUGCAAGGUUUGGUCAGCUGUUGGAGAAGGGAGGUGAAGAGUGUUAUGAUGAUGGUGGUGAUAGAAAUUUCAUGGAGAGAGCAGGAGAUAGGAAAAUUUGCUGGAAUUACAUUCCCACUGAAGAUGGAUCCGAGGCAGUUGUUGACAAUGAAAGUACUUGUUGGAACAGGAUGCAAUUACUUUCAAUGAAAGAAGAAAGUACUUGUGAACUUAGGAGUGUAAGUAAGGGAGAGCUUUGCAUGGAGGGAUAUGAUCAGAUGACUGUCACAGAAAAAACUACGGAACACUGUGGAUCAGAGGAAAUUUUAGCUGGUGAAGGUAAUUUUGAAGUAGAGAGCGAUCCAGUACAUGAACUAGAACCUGUAGCUAAUGUGUCUACUUGUACAGGUUUUGGAGAAGAUGUCUUGAGUACAGAGUGUAUCAAUACUGAUAUGUCUUGGGGAAAAAUCAGGGGAGAGCAACCUGACUAUUCUACAACACAAUGUGUGGAAGCUGGGGAGGAAAAGUCUACAUACAACUAUCUUACCACACCAAUCACAAGCAUGAAUUGUGCUGUACCUUCUACAGAGUCAGCUUUAGAUGAUGGAGAAGUAGGGACUCAGGAGUUUAGAAUCCAUGCUAGGAGUGGGGAAGGAGAGAAACCUGUUAUUCCCAAUAUUUCUUUGCAACAUUUAGAUGAAGUGAAUGGUGAUUGUUGCUCUGCUACAUGUAACAUGUCAUGUACAGUGCAUGAAUCUUCCACCCCUGCUAUUAUUCCCGACAACAAUGGGAUAGGCAAGGAAUCUAAGAAUUGCUGGGAGGGUGAAGAUGUGCUAAAUGAGUACGUGGAAGAAGUUAACCCCAAUCAACAUAGAAUUUAUACUGGUGGAAAGGAUGACAAAAGUUCAUCUGACUGUUUACUUUCACCCAAAAGAGUUAUUCAAAUAAGUGAUUUGUUAUUAAUGCAGAGUUUUCAGCCACAGAUUACAACACUGGACAUCACUGGCAUGCAUUAUCCCAGCAAACAGCUGGGUAAUGCAUGCUUGAAAAUUUUCUCUCAUGGGAAUGAAUGCUUGAAAAAUUUUGCAAUUUCAUGGUUGGAACUGGAGGAUGGAAUGUUGACAUCCAUUCUCAAGCAUCAACAUGACCUGGAAUCUUUGUCUCUGGUUGAUUGUGAAAAGCUCAGCAACCUCUCUCUGAUCUCCAUCCCUGUGCAUUGUCCAAAACUCAGCAGUUUUGACCUGAAGGGCAUGUGUUAUGUCACUGACCAUGGACUGGUGCCCCUUGCUAGGAGCAAAUGUCUACAAUCCUUGUCCCUGGCUGAGGCUGCCAUUACUGACUUUACACUUGAGAACAUAGCCAAGGGCUGUGGGGCAAAGCUUAAAGUCUUGGACAUAUCCUGGUGUGAAGACGUCUCAGACCAGGGAAUGUCAGCGGUGGCAAAAUCUUGUCGCACCCUUCAACGACUUGGUCUACGCCAAUGUGCAGCUUCGAAGCUCACCAUCACUUCACUUGGAAAAAACUGCCAUCAUAUUUCUUGCCUGAACAUCGCAGGGAUUGAUAGCUUUACAGAUGAUGCACUCAGUAGCUUGGCCGAGAAUAUGCCGCUUCUCAGAGAAAUAGACGCAAGCUGGAACUCGCGUUUAUCGGAUAACGGCGUCAAAACCCUGCUUCAAAGCUGUGUAAAGCUUAAGAAAGCAGUUUUAAGCGGUUUAAAGCUUAUUACCUCUCAGCCAUUUUUGGAAAUCAUAGGAGAUUUGAGUUGUUGGCGCUUAUUGGAAGAAUUGUGGAGAUACAACAGAAAAUUCCAAGGUGUGCUACCCCAAGGGAAAGUUUCUCUGAAGGCGUGUGAUGCGGAAACAGCCAAGUCCCUCGGUGACCAAAUGCCAUGUCGCUCCAUGUCCUUUGCGCCCUCGUUACGUCAUAUUGAAGUUGAGUACAGCGACAAAGUGAAUGAUGAUCAUUUGGCAGCAAUCGUAGCAGUCUGUAGAGGAACCCUGUUCGUAAAAGACUAUUAUGGACAGCCAGUUGAGCCCAAAUGGAUAUUUCGAUAAAAUUAAAGCGCACGACGCAAAAAUGGUUUUUAUUUCCCGAUUUACCGGACACUUUUUUUAACCCACCCAUUGUCACCCUGAACAGUUUUAAAAUGAAUCAAUACAUAUGCAAUACCUACCGCUUGUUCUAUUUUUUUUUUCCUGUUUUACGUCGGAUCUUCUAAGCAGAUGUGCAAAAUGUAUUUCAGAGAGUUACAAAGUGACAAAGCAUAAUGUGCUAAAAUAAAUACUCUUUCAAGGGGCUUGAUAA